UCCUCGCUGACAUCACUGAGCAGUCGUUCCUCAGCACACAGCUCAUUUUGUGUCCAGCUGGAGCUGUAAUGGAGGCUGCUCCGUGUGUGUGUGUGUGUGUGUCGAUGAAGAUGAGGAUCGUCUGAGGAAGAUGGUCAUCGACGCUGCCAAUCCCAACGGGCCCUUCCCGCCCGUGGCUCUCAUGCACUUCAGGGACGUGGCUCCGGCCGAGCAGGAGAAGCUCUUCGUCCAGAAGCUGCGCCAGUGCUGCGUCCUCUUCGACUUCCUGUCGGACCCGCUCAGCGACCUGAAAUGGAAGGAGGUGAAGCGCGCGGCGCUCAGCGAGAUGGUGGAGUUCCUCACACACAACCGCAGCGUGAUCACCGAGCCCAUCUACCCCGAGGUGGUGCACAUGUUUGCCAUCAACAUGUUCAGGGCUCUUCCGCCUUCCUCCAACCCGACGGGAGCAGAGUUUGACCCCGAGGAGGACGAACCCACUCUGGAAGCAGCGUGGCCUCACCUACAGCUGGUGUACGAGUUCUUCCUGCGCUUUCUAGAGUCGCCCGACUUUCAGCCCAAUGUUGCAAAGAAGUACAUCGACCAGAAAUUUGUGAUGCAGCUUCUAGAGUUGUUUGACAGCGAAGAUCCUCGAGAACGGGACUUCCUGAAGACCACCCUGCACCGCAUAUACGGGAAGUUCCUCGGGCUGCGCGCUUACAUCAGAAAGCAAGUUAACAACAUAUUUUACAGGUUUAUUUACGAGACCGAGCAUCACAACGGAAUAGCUGAACUGCUGGAGAUCCUAGGAAGCAUCAUCAACGGUUUUGCUUUACCGCUAAAAGAGGAGCACAAGAUUUUCCUGCUGAAGGUUUUGCUUCCGCUGCACAAGGUGAAGUCUCUGAGCGUCUACCACCCGCAGCUGGCGUAUUGUGUGGUCCAGUUCCUGGAGAAGGACAGCACGCUCACAGAGCCGGUGGUGAUGGCUCUGCUCAAGUACUGGCCCAAGACCCACAGCCCGAAGGAGGUGAUGUUCCUGAACGAGCUGGAGGAGAUCCUGGACGUCAUCGAGCCGUCGGAGUUCGUCAAGGUCAUGGAGCCGCUCUUCCGUCAGCUGGCCAAGUGUGUGUCCAGCCCUCACUUCCAGGUGGCGGAGAGAGCGCUGUAUUACUGGAACAACGAGUACAUCAUGAGCCUCAUCAGUGACAACGCAGCCAGGAUCCUGCCCAUCAUGUUCCCGGCGCUCUACCGAAACUCCAAGAGCCACUGGAACAAGACGAUCCACGGUCUGAUCUAUAACGCACUGAAGCUCUUCAUGGAGAUGAACCAGAAGCUGUUCGACGACUGCACACAGCAGUUCAGAGCCGAGAAGAACAAAGAGAAGGCCAAGCUGAAGGAGCGAGAGGAGGCCUGGAUAAAGAUCGAGAGUCUGGCCAAGUCCAACCCGCAGUGCGUUCUGUAUGUCGAUCCGUCUGGACUGAACCGUCCUGUAGAAAUGGAGACGGAUGUCCCCUUUAUAGAAGAUGUUGAGAGCUUAAAAAAGACAGUGCAGUCCAGAGCCGUUCAGAUGUCGAGGGAGCAGAGGAAGGAGCGGCCGCUCGUCAGGCGUAAAUCUGAUGUGCCUCAGGACUCGAACACCUCGAAAGCCUUGGAGUCGCAGCGUCGAUCCGAAGACUCGCUCAACACUAGCGCCGGACACUAGCUCUCGCUCGCCGGACACUAGCUCUCGCCGGACACUAGCUCUCGCCUCAUCAUCCUCAGGUGUUUCUUCCAUCGGUUCACCUCAUCAUCGGCCGAACGAGCCACACACACACACACACGCUUUCUUCACGUUUUUCUGAUGUGUUUAUUUUCAGGGACGGCUGCCAGUGCCAACACGCUAAUGUUUAUUAGCUUCCUGCUAACAUCGCAUAGUUUGAUUAGUAUGAUUUCUGCUGAGCUAAUGUGGUGUUUGAGAGUAAAAGCCCGUCAUGCAUCAUGUGUGUGUGUGUGUGUGUGUGUGUGCUCAGAUCUGACGAGUUCCUACACUUCUGUGCCAUAAUGAACUCUAGCUGAACGUCGUGUCUUGUUUUGAUGGACUUCCAACGCUGUGCCGUUUCACUGGUUCAAACACAAACACUGUUCUCCAGCGGAUCAGUGACGCGGCCUGGAGCCGAACCGCGAGUGUGUGUGUGUGUGUGUGUGUGUGUGUGAGACGCCAUCUGAAUGUCACGGUCAUUCCCAGAUCACAGAUUGAUCCGACACGGACCCGCUGUUGAGCCGGAGCUCCCGAACGGACUGAGACUCUCAUCCGUCAGGAUCUCUGAGCCUUUCAGCAGCGAUGAGUCUAUCACCGAGCCUUCGGUCCGUGCGGAUGUCCCGAUCCCAACGCAGCAGUGUGUGUGUGUGUGUGUGUGUGUGUGUGAGCGACAGCAACGCUUCGAUUGUUCAUUUCCAUCUGGAUGUUUUCCUGUUAUUUUUUUGAACUACCUAGAAGCACUUCCUGAAAACUUGAAAACUCUACUGUGUGUGUGUGUGUGUGUGUGUAUGUGAGUGUGUGAGAGAGAGAGAGAGAGAGAGAUUGAGAGUCUGUG